AUGGCACAUGGCCUGGUGACCCAGGAGACCAAGCACAGGCUCCUGGAAUUAGGUCAGGGGCUGGAAGAUGCAUCCAGACUCCUGGGUUCCUCCCAGGCCUGGCUCCAGGGACCAAGUCUUCGUAACCAGGGCACCCACGCAACCAUCCUGCAGCAGGAGGAAUGUUACUACCUGCAGCUGAUUGAGGUGCAGCACAAGCAGUGCCUGGAGGAGGCCCAGCAGGAGAAUGACACAGCAGGCUGCAGCAAGAUGUGGGACAACCUCACCUGCUGGCCAGCCACCUCUCUGGGCCAAGUAGUCGUCUUGGACUGUCCUCUCAUCUAUAAGUUCUUCUCCCCGGUUCAAGGCCGAAACGUGAGCCGUAACUGCACCAACGAAGGUUGGACGCCCCUGGAGCCUGGCCCCUACCCCAUUGCCUGUGGCUUGAAUGACAGAGCAUCAGAUUUGGAUGAGCAGCAGCAGUCAAUGUUCUACACUUCUCUGAAGACCGUCUAUACCGUCGGCCACAGCCUGUCCCUUGCUGCCCUUCUGGUUGCUACAGCCAUCUUGAGCCUGUUCAGGAAGCUCCACUGCACGCGGAACUACAUCCACAUGCACCUCUUCAUGUCCUUCAUCCUGAGGGCCACCGCGGUUUUGAUCAAAGACUUGACCCUCUUCAACAGCGAGGAUGUGGACUAUUGCGCCCAGGGCUCGGUGAGCUGUAAGGCAGCCAUGGUCUUUUUCCAGUACUGUAUCAUGGCCAACUUCUUCUGGCUGCUGGUGGAGGGCCUCUACCUGCACACCCUGCUGGCCGUCUCCUUCUUCUCUGAGCGGAAGUACUUCUGGGGGUACAUACUCAUCGGCUGGGGGGUGCCCAGCACCUUCACUAUCGUGUGGACAAUCAUCAGGCUCUAUCUGGAGGAUAUGGGAUGCUGGGACACCAUCAACUCCUCAUUUUGGUGGAUCAUAAAGGCCCCCAUCCUCACCUCCAUCUUGGUGAACUUUAUCCUGUUUAUUCGCAUCGUCCGAAUCCUGGUUCAGAAACUUCAGUCCCCAGAUGUUGGGAAGAGUCACAGCAGCCCAUACUCGAGGCUCGCCAAAUCUACUCUUCUUCUGAUUCCCCUGUUUGGAGUGCACUACAUCAUGUUUGCCUUCUUUCCCAACAACUUUACAGCUGAGGUGAAAAUGGUCUUUGAGCUCGUCAUGGGGUCUUUCCAGGGUUUUGUGGUGGCCAUCCUGUACUGCUUCCUCAAUGGCGAGGUGCAGGCGGAGUUGCGGCGGAAGUGGAGGCGCUGGCACCUGCAGGGCUUCUUGGGUUCGGACCCCAAAUACCAGCACCCCUCAGGAGGCAGCACCGGGGCCACAUGCAGCACGCAGGUCUCCAUUCUGACCCGUGUCAGCCCGGGUGCACGCCGUUCCUCCAGUUUCCAGGCUGAAGUCUCCCUGGUCUGACCGCCAGCUCCCAUGGGCCCCCACCAGCCAUUCUUUCCGCACCUCCCACCCCGGGUGGCACCGGGCACCGAGGCCUGCCCGGGGGACACCAGCCCCAGCCCUGGGCUCGGAGGCUGCCCUGGUCCCCAGGCUACUGUCCGGACGCCCCCAAAGAACUCUGCCCUUGUGCUUUCCUGAGGAGAGUAGAGUGCACAGAUGCGGGAGCCACUUCUCUGCAAGUAUGGGUGUUGGGUGCUCUCAUCUGGGAAGAUGUGGGGUGGAGCUCAGCCAUCAGAGUCCUCAUCUACCAAUCAGGGGCAAGAAACCCACAUGCUCUCACCUGACUCGGCACUGGUAGCUCUCAGGCGCAGUCCAACGUAGGCAGCAGCCCAUCCCUGGGCAAUGGCUGGGGAGUGUGGCCAGUGCCGAGGACACAAAGAUCUUGCACCUAAAGGUCACCCACUGCCACCAUCACCUCAACAGAGCCUGAAGUUCCACCGUUCCUGUCAAGUUUCUUCAGGUUAAGCAUCAUUAU